AUGUCAGCCUCUGGUCCUCCUCCCUGGCUCUUUUCCAACAACUCCUCCAAAGCCAAGGCUCCGUCUGCAACCGCACCCGUCACCGCGACACCCCAGACCCAAGACAAGAUGGUUAAGAAGGAGAAGAAGGGCAGCAAGGCCGCCGCGCCCGCCAAGCAGUCUCCCCCCGACCAAUUGAUGGAUCUCGUCGACUCCUUCCUCUCCGAGAACGCCUUCACCUCGGCCCACGAGGCAUUCCAGAAGCAGCGCGCCCAGAGCGGCUGGAAGGCGUCCAAGAAGCAGGUUGUCGCCGGCCCCAACCUCGUCGCCGUCUUCCAGUCGUGGCAGACCACCUCCAAGGCCCCCGCGGCGAAGAAGGACGAGAGCAGCAGCAGCUCCGACUCCAGCUCUUCGAGCGAUGACAGCAGCAGCGACGAGGAGAUGGCCGACGCCGGCGCCGAGAGCGACAGCUCCAGCAGUUCUAGCAGCUCCAGCUCCGACUCCAGCAGCGACGACAGCGACAGCGAGGACGAGAAGCCUGCGCCCAAGAAGGGGUUGAAGCGCAAGGCCCCCGAGUCCGACAGCAGCAGCUCCGACAGCAGCAGCUCCGAUAGCAGCAGCGACAGCGACUCCAGCUCCGACGAGUCCAGCUCUGAAGACGAGGCCCCCAAGGCUAAGAAGCUGAAGACGAAGCCCGCCAGCACCAAGAGCUCUUCCUCCUCCUCCUCCGACUCUUCCAGCUCAGACAGCAGCUCCAGCGAGGAAUCCUCUUCCGACUCGGACUCUUCCGACAGCGACUCAGACUCCGACGGCUCCACGGCCGCCAAGGUCCCCCUCCCCGACUCCGACUCCGACUCAUCCUCCUCCGACUCCGACUCGGAGGACGACAAGAAGAAGACGAAGACGAAGAAGGAAGCAGACACCGCCUCCAACUCCUCCGCGACCCUCGAGAAGACCUCCCCCGUCGCCGAGCCCCCCCUGCCCCCCGACCCGGUCGCCUUCCGCAACCAGAACAACCGCAAGAAUGGCAAGGGCGGCAAGGUGGUCCCGAACAAGCCCUUCUCCCGCAUCCCCGAAGACGUCCACGUCGACGACCGCUUCGCCAGCAACGAGUACGUGCCCAACGACUACUCGCAGCGCGCCCACGAGGACCUCAUCGUCACCAAGGGCAAGGGCUUCACCAAGGAGAAGAACAAGAAGAAGCGCGGCGCCUACCGCGGCGGCAUGAUUGACAUUAGCAGCAAGAAGGGCAUCAAGUUUGACUUCUAA